UCACUCCGUAAAUGAAGUAAGUCACGCGGAUGCUUUGGGUCUCCAUCAUCAGCUCGCUGACUUCGCGGAUUGUGCCAGAUCCAGAGGGUCCUGCAAGCAUAGGUCUGCCUGCCGUAGAAUUUUGUCUCUUACACUGCCGUAUCACUACCCACUGCCCACCACUAAGCAUUGUUAAUGGCCAUAUGGCGUCAUUAGAGUGCAAUUUGCUGCCGACGCCGGUUUUGAGAUGAACUCGAGGCUCACCUGACAAAACGGCACUUCCCAAACGGAACCGUGCUGCAUCAAUGCUUUCAUACCGACCGUGUUCGGACAAUUUUUCAAACUCCUAAAAACGGUUGGAUACAUUGUAUAGCAAAUUUGUCGUAGAUUCAGAUGACAUAUUUUAUUUUGUUUGACUUGUUAAGGUUAAUGAGCUAUAGCAAAUUUUACCUUACUUAUUGAACGACCUAGUAUUUUCUCGGAGCAUGCAAUUUAGGUUAAAAUCGAAAAACUGUGUUUUGUGUUGGAUUUGGCAGUUGGAAAUUGGUUUGGUAUUAUUUCGUCAGUGUUAAGUUAUUUUCUCGGUUAUUAAUAUGGUUUAUUUUGUGACGAAAGCGAAGCGAUAGAACGACACGACAUUACGGAUGAACGAAGCCACCGAACGAUACGAAUUAUUUUUGCGACCCGCCUAUAAAUCCGACAUUCUUGUGACCGGUGAACUGUGUGCUCGGCACUGGUGGCGGGCAGCGGGUGUCGGGAGAAACGUCAGCGCCUGCAGAUCGCAGUGCCCAAUGAACGGCGAGCGUCACGGCGCUUCUAGCCGGACCAGUGACAAGACCAGGCCGACUCGUCGGUGCGUCAAUGAAUUCCGCCGUGCUCCUGGUUGUGUCGGCGCUGGCGGUACAACAGUCUGAUGAGGGACAUGCUGCCAAAGACUCGACACCUGCGGGCUUAUGCGCCAUCAGCCCUUGGCCGGGUGAGCCGGCCGGCGCGGCGCGAGGCCGGGUCAUCCUGGAGAGCGCCAGCGGCAGCACGGCGCAGCUGCUCCUCUUCGGCACCUCGGCCCACUUCUACCGCGUGAAGGCCACGCCGACCGAGCUGACUGUGCACCGGCUGGAGCUGGGCGCGCCGCAGCUCCACCAGGUGGCCCGGCUGUGCCGCCCCGCCGCCUCUAACAUCACCUCAUCAGUGAAGCUCGAGCUCGUCGGCUACAGGAGGGAGGUCGAGCAGCCUGCUGGCAAUGGACCCGCUCCGUGUCCGGAAACGGUUCCGGCAGGACAGAAACAUCAGAGGGGCUCCGGCGGCAGAGAGCACGAGGAGGGCUCCGGCGGCACGGAGCACGAGGAGGGCUCCGCGCGGCCCGACUGGCAACGCGAAAGCUCCGUUGCCGACGAGUCCUUUUUUACUGUGGACCGGUCCUUCUCCGGUGCGGAUGGAUCCUUUUCUGGCGCGGACGAAUCUUUCUCCGGUGAGACGGUGAUGGACUUAGACCUACUUAAUGAACUGGCAAAGCCUCAUUCGGCGGAGACAGCAGCAGGCUUUGUCACCUCGUGGGCAGCAGCCGGGUCUGGUGCAGAUGAGCCAGAGACGGACGGCCCGCUCGCCUCGCCGUCGCACUCGGACCACCAGCCGAUGACUUCCCACGCGGACGAGCCGCCGCUGGCCGACAUGCAGGUGCUCACGGCCAUGCACUUAUUCCCGGCGCCGAUGAAAUCCACUGGUGACGUCGCGGCGACCCGCGCGACGCUGACCUCGCUGCCAAGUGCGGGAGCGAAAAGCAGGUCGAUUCUGAAGUGGUCCGACAGUCACACAGUGUAUGUCAUCAAUGAACUUGUCUCUGGGGAAGACUGGGUCGCGUGGACGGCCGACUGCCCGACCACGCCAGGCGGCGCCGACUGGUCGCCGUGGCCGCCGUCUCCGGUGCUGGUGACGGCCGUGCUAUCGGCCGUCUGCCUGUUGCUCCUCGUCAGCACUCUGGUGCUGGCCGCACUGCUGCUAGGCCGCCGCCACCAACGCUCGGUCGCCUUCGAACCGCCCUCGACGGCCGCGGCUGCCGGCUGUCUCGAGCUGGCCGAGUGGCGCCCUCAAACCGGCGGGCCGCAGCACGGUCUCCCGGGCGAGGCGCCCGCCGGGGCCGGCCUCCUCGGCGAGGCCCGCGGCGUGACCACUUUCAAGCCGGUGCGCCGGCGUGCAGGGGCGUCGGGAACGGUCCGUGUGCCGGAGGUGCCGGCGGUUCACGUGCACCGGAUUACCCAUGCCGCAGCUCUACCAGCCUUCGGGCCUCCGGAGAAGCCGCCGCCAGAGCAGAGAAUGUGCCCGCUGCCACCGCCGCCGCCAGAGCAGAGGAUGUCCACGCUGCCGCCGCCGCCGGACGCUCUGGUGCCGCCGGAGCCGGGGAUCGACGACACCCUGCCGCCGCCGCCGGAGCCGGAGCCGGAGCCGGAGCCGGAGCCGGAGCCGGAGCCGGAGCCGGAGUCGGAGCCGGAGCCGCAGAUCGACGACACCCUGCCGUCGCUAUCGGAGCUGAGUGUCGACGACACGCUGGCAGACGCACUGUCGCCUCCGAAUACGGAGGGGCAGCCGCUGCCGGCCGGGAGACGCAGUGCGCCCCAGCCGGCACCUCCGCCAACCAAUAUAUGGAUUAUCCAUGCCUGAGGCGCUGUGAACUCUUGGCUGCCGACUCGAAAUAGUCAUCCAGAGACAUAGCGCGCCGUCACAUACCAUGUAAUCACGAGUGAGUCUCAGCCAAUGCUACGUUCUUGGAGUGUAAUCGCAGGGCUGUUGAAGCUUGACGUCCUCGCGGGGGCAUUCAUGUAGAUGAAGCGGCUCAUAUGGUUAGCGAUCUAUAGAAGUGUAGUCAGUUUUCAAGCCUCUAAUCGGCUUAACCCGCGCCGGGCCGCGUAUUCGCCAAGUGUAUAACACGAAUCGGCCCACCAACUGGCGACAUCUCUAGUGCGACGUCAUAGCCAUCCGACGCGACAAUGCAUGCAUUGACGCUAAAUUUGAGUUGAGACUUUUUCCAAUUGUAUAUGGCUAAUAAUCAUUCCAUGUGUCGUCGUAGCCGAGUGGUUACAGUCUCGGUCUGGUAAAAGAAAGAUCGAUGGAUCGAUUCCUGCUUUAGUGGUUCUUUUUUUUUUUCUUAAAAGGAAGUCGGUCGUAGACACGCGUUUUUGGCCCCUACGUUCGCACGCCCAAUAAAUCUAUGACAAGUA